AAACAUAUGAAUUUCACUUCUUGACAAAACUCACUUCCCAUUCCAUCUCUUACCUACAAUUAUAAUAUUACAUCAACCUCAUAACCCAUUCACCUGAAGACACACUUCAACCCACAAUAACAACUGAAGCCCACAACUCCCCAUAUACAAGCAACCACACGCUCUACAAUGGCGCCGAAACGUCCUCUCGACGACACCGAACCCAGACACUCCGCACACUCCACUACAAAGAAACCUAGGAAGGGAUUCACUGUCGGCCCCGACCAUCUUCCUGAUGGCACAUACAAGCGGAAAGUCCAAAAGAUCAAAAAAGACCUCAUCCACAAAGCCAAAGUAAAGAAGGCCUACGCGAAACUCAAAGAGCGCGAAGCACUCGAAGAAGCCGAACGACGGAACCGCCAAGCACACGUCGGGACCGUCGCAAACCAUACGAAUACCGGCGCCACCGAGAACGCCGAGCCUUCCCAGACAACCGACGCACCAGAGGCACCUCCAGCCGAGCCAGCAAUUCAUCCAGACCGCCAGGCGCACUUUGAGCCCGAAGACGACGACACAUCCGGGUCGGACAGCGACGAUUCUGAUGACGCGGGAGGCAAACCGCCGCGAAGAAUCGGAUGGCGAGGCGUAAAAGGGGGUUAUGGUGAUGAUGAGGAUGGGGAGGGAGGACGAGGAAGGUAUCAGCGUCAGCGAAGGCCAAAGCCGAUGCCGUUUACAAAGGAACGGCGACUGGCAGACAAACGAAAGGCCGAGGCCGAGGAGCGCCGCAGGCAGCGCGAAGAGGCGGAGAAGCAGCGCCAGCAGAAGCGCGACGAGCGGGAGCGGUUCCGGAAAGCAAUGGCCAAAGCGCGCACGGGUGGCAAGAAUGGACAGAGGAAGCUGGGAAGAGAGAGCAAUGUGUUGCUUGAGAAGGCGAAGAAACUUAUGGGUGAGAGUUGAAGCUGAUCUUCGUCAUACUUUGUCAUACUCGUCAUACUCGAGAAUGGCAGAGCCUGUGAGGGCCCGAGGAUGUGUGUAGUGCAAGGUGCACUUUGAACGAAUGAUUAGGCGUAUGGACAGACCAAAAAAAAGUUUGACUCGGUGGAUUGAAGCCGUUGCUUUCUAUUUGCUUUAACUCGACAAGGCGCAGCGCCCUAUCGAUGUUGUAAUUAUACCUUUGAUAUCAUAGUCAUGGAGGCGUUUCGCAUUUCGAUUUUUAAAAAUGGAAAUACAGAUGAUUUAACUGGCACUCAA